UUUCCCGGCGUGCCCUAGGAGUGCGGCGUGGACGCGCACGGGCCUAGAGACCCACGUGACCCACAGGGCGGCCGAGGCGGGACGCUGUGAGUGCGCGCGGUUGCGGGGUCGCGUUGCGGCUACUGCUUUGCGUCCCCGGCGGGCAGCCCGGGGCUGGUUCCCGCCUCAGCUCUCGCCGCCGGCGGGAAAAGCAUCUAGUGUGGGAGGAAAGGCGCCAUCUCCCGCCCCAUCUUUCCCGCUCUUGGCGGGCCGGAUCUUUUGGCUGUCCCGUGGCCUCGCUCCCCGCCCGGAUCCUCCUGACCCUGAGAUUCGUGGGUCUCACGUCCGGUGCACGCCCUGCUUCGGCCUCAGUUAAGCCUUUGUGGACUCCAGGUCCCCGGUGAGAUUAGAAACGUUUGCAAACAUGUCCCGGAUCGAAAAGAUGAGCAUUCUGGGCGUGCGGAGUUUUGGAAUAGAGGACAAAGAUAAGCAAAUUAUCACUUUCUUCAGCCCCCUUACAAUUUUGGUUGGACCCAAUGGGGCGGGAAAGACGACCAUCAUUGAAUGUCUAAAAUAUAUUUGUACUGGAGAUUUCCCUCCUGGAACCAAAGGAAAUACAUUUGUACAUGAUCCCAAGGUUGCUCAAGAAACAGAUGUGAGAGCCCAGAUUCGUCUGCAAUUUCGUGAUGUCAAUGGAGAACUUACAGCUGUACAAAGAUCUAUGGUGUGUACUCAGAAAAGCAAAAAGACAGAAUUUAAAACUUUGGAAGGAGUCAUUACUAGAACAAAGCAUGGUGAAAAGGUCAGUCUAAGCUCUAAGUGUGCGGAAAUUGACCGAGAAAUGAUCAGUUCUCUUGGGGUUUCCAAGGCUGUGCUAAAUAACGUCAUUUUCUGUCAUCAAGAAGAUUCUAAUUGGCCUUUAAGUGAAGGAAAGGCUUUGAAGCAAAAGUUUGAUGAGAUUUUUUCAGCAACAAGAUACAUUAAAGCCUUGGAAACACUUCGGCAGGUACGUCAGACACAAGGUCAGAAAGUAAAAGAAUAUCAAAUGGAACUAAAAUAUCUGAAGCAAUAUAAGGAAAAAGCUUGUGAGAUUCGUGAUCAGAUUACAAGUAAGGAAGCCCAGUUAACAUCUUCAAAGGAAAUUGUCAAAUCCUAUGAGAAUGAACUUGAUCCAUUGAAGAAUCGUCUAAAAGAAAUUGAACAUAAUCUCACUAAAAUAAUGAAACUUGACAAUGAAAUUAAAGCCUUGGAUAGCCGAAAGAAGCAAAUGGAGAAAGAUAAUAGUGAACUCGAAGAGAAAAUGGAAAAGGUUUUUCAAGGGACUGAUGAGCAACUAAAUGACUUAUAUCACAAUCACCAGAGAACAGUAAGGGAGAAAGAAAGGAAAUUGGUAGACUGUCAUCGUGAACUGGAAAAAUUAAAUAAAGAAUCUAGGCUUCUCAAUCAAGAAAAAUCAGAACUGCUUGUUGAACAGGGUCGUCUACAGCUACAAGCAGAUCGCCAUCAAGAACAUAUCCGGGCUAGAGAUUCAUUAAUUCAGUCUUUGGCAACACAGCUAGAAUUGGAUGGCUUUGAGCGUGGACCAUUCAGUGAAAGACAGAUUAAAAAUUUUCACAAACUUGUGAAAGAGAGACAAGAAGGGGAAGCAAAAACUGCCAACCAACUGAUGAAUGACUUUGCAGAAAAAGAGACUCUGAAACAAAAACAGAUAGAUGAGAUAAGAGAUAAGAAAACUGGACUGGGAAGAAUAAUUGAGUUAAAAUCAGAAAUCCUAAAUAAAAAGCAGAAUGAGCUGAAAAACGUGAAGUAUGAAUUACAGCAGUUGGAAGGAUCUUCAGACAGGAUUCUUGAACUGGACCAGGAGCUCAUAAAAGCUGAACGUGAGUUAAGCAAGGCCGAGAAAAACAGCAAUGUAGAAACUUUAAAAAUGGAAGUAAUAAGUCUUCAAAAUGAAAAAGCAGACUUAGACAGGACCCUGCGUAAACUUGACCAGGAGAUGGAGCAGUUAAACCAUCAUACAACAACACGUACCCAGAUGGAGAUGCUGACCAAAGACAAAGCUGACAAAGAUGAACAAAUCAGAAAAAUAAAAUCUAGGCACAGUGAUGAAUUAACGUCACUGUUGGGAUAUUUUCCCAACAAAAAACAGCUUGAAGACUGGCUACAUAGUAAAUCAAAAGAAAUUAAUCAGACCAGGGACAGACUUGCCAAAUUGAACAAGGAACUAGCUUCAGCUGAGCAGAACAAAAAUCAUAUAAAUAAUGAACUAAAAAGAAAGGAAGAGCAGUUGUCCAGUUACGAAGACAAGCUGUUUGAUGUUUGUGGUAGCCAGGAUUUUGAAAGUGAUUUAGACAGGCUUAAAGAGGAAAUUGAAAAAUCAUCAAAACAGCGAGCCAUGCUGGCUGGAGCCACAGCAGUUUAUUCCCAGUUCAUUACUCAGCUAACAGAUGAAAACCAGUCAUGUUGCCCCGUUUGUCAGAGAGUUUUUCAGACAGAGGCUGAAUUACAAGAAGUCAUCAGUGAUUUGCAGUCUAAACUGCGACUUGCUCCAGAUAAACUCAAGUCAACAGAAUCAGAGCUAAAAAAAAAGGAAAAGCGGCGUGAUGAAAUGCUGGGACUUGUGCCCAUGAGGCAAAGCAUAAUUGAUUUGAAGGAGAAGGAAAUACCAGAAUUAAGAAACAAAUUGCAGAAUGUCAAUAGAGACAUACAGCGCCUAAAGAACGACAUAGAAGAACAAGAAACACUCUUGGGUACAAUAAUGCCUGAAGAAGAAAGUGCUAAAGUGUGCCUGACAGAUGUUACAAUUAUGGAGAGGUUCCAGAUGGAACUUAAAGAUGUUGAAAGAAAAAUUGCACAACAAGCAGCUAAGCUACAAGGAAUAGACUUAGAUCGAACUGUCCAACAAGUCAACCAGGAGAAACAAGAGAAACAGCACAAGUUAGACACAGUUUCUAGUAAGAUUGAAUUGAAUCGUAAGCUUAUACAGGACCAGCAGGAACAGAUUCAACAUCUAAAAAGUAUAACAAAUGAGCUAAAAUCUGAGAAACUUCAGAUAUCCACUAAUUUGCAACGUCGUCAGCAACUGGAGGAGCAGACUGUGGAAUUAUCCACUGAAGUUCAGUCUUUGUACAGAGAGAUAAAGGAUGCUAAAGAGCAGGUAAGCCCUUUGGAAACAACAUUGGAAAAGUUCCAGCAAGAAAAAGAAGAAAUAAUCAACAAAAAAAAUACAAGCAACAAAAUAGCACAGGAUAAACUGAAUGAUAUUAAAGAGAAGGUUAAAAAUAUUCAUGGUUAUAUGAAAGACAUUGAGAAUUAUAUUCAAGAUGGGAAAGACGACUAUAAGAAGCAAAAAGAAACUGAACUUAAUAAAGUAAUAGCUCAACUAAGUGAAUGCGAGAAACACAAAGAAAAGAUAAAUGAAGAUAUGAGAAUCAUGAGACAAGAUAUUGAUACACAGAAGAUACAAGAAAGGUGGCUACAGGAUAACCUUACCUUAAGAAAAAGAAAUGAGGAACUAAAAGAAGUUGAAGAAGAAAGAAAACAACAUUUGAAGGAAAUGGGUCAAAUGCAGGUUUUGCAAAUGAAAAAUGAACAUCAGAAGUUGGAAGAGAACAUAGACAAUAUAAAAAGAAAUCACAGUUUGGCAUUAGGGCGACAGAAAGGUUAUGAGGAAGAAAUUAUUCAUUUUAAGAAAGAACUUCGAGAACCACAAUUUCGGGAUGCUGAGGAAAAGUAUAGAGAAAUGAUGAUUGUUAUGAGGACAACAGAACUUGUGAACAAGGAUCUGGAUAUUUAUUAUAAGACUCUUGACCAAGCAAUAAUGAAAUUUCACAGUAUGAAAAUGGAAGAAAUCAAUAAAAUUAUUCGUGACCUGUGGCGAAGUACCUAUCGUGGACAAGAUAUUGAAUACAUAGAAAUACGGUCUGAUGCCGAUGAAAAUGUAUCAGCUUCUGAUAAAAGGCGGAAUUAUAACUACCGAGUGGUGAUGCUGAAGGGAGACACAGCCUUGGAUAUGCGAGGACGAUGCAGUGCUGGACAAAAGGUAUUAGCCUCACUUAUCAUUCGCCUGGCCCUGGCUGAAACGUUCUGCCUCAACUGUGGCAUCAUUGCCUUGGAUGAGCCAACAACAAAUCUUGACCGAGAAAACAUUGAAUCUCUUGCACAUGCUCUGGUUGAGAUAAUAAAAAGUCGCUCGCAGCAGCGUAACUUCCAGCUUCUGGUAAUCACUCAUGAUGAAGAUUUUGUGGAGCUUUUAGGACGUUCUGAAUAUGUGGAGAAAUUCUACAGGAUUAAAAAGAACAUCGAUCAGUGCUCAGAGAUUGUGAAAUGCAGUGUUAGUUCCCUGGGAUUUAAUGUUCAUUAAAAAUACCCAAGAUUUAAAUGCCAUCGAAAUGUAGGUCCUCAGAAAGUGUAUAAGAAGAAACUGCUUAUUUCUGAUACCAACUUAGUAAGAAAAUAUAUUCUUUCAAAGGAACAUUGUGUCUAGGAUUUUGGAUGUCGGGAGGUUCUAAAAUUAUGAAACUUGUUUCACUGAAAA